UAAGCAGACGCGAAACGGAACGCACGCGUCAUUCUCCCGCGCGAACGCCGCGGCCGGACAUCGCGACGAGAAAAAUUACCAAAAAAAAAUCAAAGUUAUCAAUCCUACCUUAUUAAUAUUUUAAAAUUAUUUGCCCAGUUGAUUUUCUUGUUUAUUAAAGUGAACAUUUGGGUUUUUGAAAAGUGAUUUAUUACAAUAGUGCGUGUAACUGUGGCAGAUUGCAAUAAAAAACGGGGGAAAGCUGUUUGCUGUCAUCUGUCAAAAAGGUUGAGAUGGAAGCGAAGGUGAAGGAAGAGGUGCCUGACAAGGAUUAUACGCAGCCGACCUCUACAGAGAGGAGGAAAUCCACCACCACAUCGAAAGAGCAUCGAUCUCCGGAGCAGGAAGAAGCACGCUCGUCUCCCACUCCUGGCCCCGCCAGCCCACUGCACAACGGCACCGCUGCAGCACUAUCCUCAACGGAGUCUCUCUCCCCUCCUCUGGCAGAAGGCUCGCGGUCGGCGCCGGCGCUGCAGCGUCUACGCAAGUUCCUGUCAGCUCUGCAGCAGUUCGCCACAGAUAUGGGAGUUGAGACAGGAGACAGAGUGAGGCAGCUGAUUCACAACCUUGUGUCGGGCACCCUCAACAUCGAGGAGUUCCAAGCAGGCGUGCAGGAGAGCACCAACUACCCACUGCGCGCGUCCGUGCCCGGCUUCCUCCGAGCAUUGCUGCCGUUGGCACAGAGGGACCUGCAUGCCAGGGCUAGGAGAGCUAAGCAGACUCCGCUGCAAUACAUCAGAUCACACGAGCACCUGAUCUUGGAGUCAGGAGGCGACAGCAGCGACAUCUUCGCGCCACAUCCACCCGGGGCAGCCGCCGAGACCGGGGUCAAGAGGCGAGCUAGUGACCCGUUCUACGAGCCAGGCACUACAAACGGUACCCACGAAGAGUAUCCACCUCAAGCCAAGCGCUCGCUGUUACUGAACCCAUCACCAUUCCUCUACCCGUUGCCUAGCAACGCCAGUCUGUUUGACUACGGACAUUAUCAUUACCACGGACAAGAGGGGUACGAGAGGAGAGAUGGCGGCAUAUCAGUCCGUGACGUGUCCUCAAUGAACGCCGGGUUCGCGGAGCCCCGCGUGCUGGGUGCUGCGCCCCCCGGCCCGCUGAAGACUGAUGACGAGUGGAAGAACAUCAACACCAUGCUGAACUGCAUCCUCAGCAUGGUGGAGAAGACUAAGAGGGCGCUGGCUAUUCUGCAGCAGAGAGGUGUGGAACCAACAGAGAGUAAUGACAUAAAGCGCGCUGCGAGCGAGAUCAUGGCGACUGCCGUGCGCCAGACCGAGGAGAGAGUCGCCGAGGUGCGGAGACGAGCUGAGGAUGCUGUCAAUCAGGUGAAACGUCAAGCGCUCCUGGAGCUGCAGCGCGCAGUGGGCGCGGCCGAGUCGAAGGCGCUGGAGCUGGUGGCGGCCGAGCGCAGCAAGCCGCGACACUCGCCGCCACCCGGCCGCGACCUCUCGCCCACCGCCAGCGCGCAGCAGAAUUGCUGCUGGAACUGCGGUCGCAAGGCGCAGGAGACGUGCUCGGGCUGCAACGCGGCGCGGUACUGCGGCGCAUUCUGUCAGCAUAAGGACUGGGAGAACCAUCAUCAGGUAUGCAGCGGCCGCGACCAAAAACCAACAGGGCUGCGAACAUCCCCACCAGCCACGCAGCCCUCUUUACCGAAGCCACUCACACGAGCCACGACCCCCAUAGCCACGAGCACAGCCCCAGCCCCCGACGCGCGACUCUCACUAACCACCCUGAACUCUGCGGAGCGGUUGCUGAACAACCAAGAGAGGACGGAUCGUAUAACCCUAGCGUCGUUGUCGACAGCGCAAGGGUUGAUCGGCAUAGGAAAGAAAUGACGACUGAACAAGGAACCCUUUGUCAGCAGUGUAAGGUUCCCUAGGAAGGUCCGACGGUAAAUUCGUGCCGCCAUUUUUAGAAAUGUUCUUUAUUUGAAAAUAAUAUUUUGUUGAUUUUUUUUUCGGACUUGGCUGUGCUCUGCCGUGUGAAGUUUUUUUUUAUUGUAAAUAAAAUUUUGUAUUACCUCUUUUGUUAUUUUGUAUAGCAGAUAUUUUUUUCUAUAAUUUGAAAGUUCCUCAUUUUUGUUUUGUAUAAAUUAUAAUUUUAUGAUUUAGUUUAAACAAAUAAUAAAUAAUGAAUGUGUAAAUAAACGAAAGGUAUACCAAAGAAUAGUUUGUAAGAUGUAGUUAUUUAUUAAUCUUAAAUUGUAAGUAGGUUUGUAAUUGUUAUUUUUCCUCUACCUUUCCCACUAAUUACAAUUAAUUAAUUAUUUAUACAAUUUAACUUAACAAUUCUUUGAAUCUGGCUGGUCGAACAGGAAAAUUAUUUAAAAUAUAAUAUAUACAUUUUCUUUACUUUAGUUUCUAAAAUUAAUUAAUUGAAAAAGAUUAUUUGUACCAAAUGAACCUAUUAUAAAUUACAGAAAUUAUUAUUAAUAACAUUACUAUAAAUAUUUUUUUUUAUAUAAUUUAUUCCUGUCUGUGUUUUUACGUGUACAUAAACUGUUAAAUAAAUAAAUAAAUUAAUUAAAUUAGAAAUGCAAUACAGAAAAAAACACUGUAUUAAAAUGCAAUUUAAUUUUGAAAAGAGUUGUGAUGCAUUAUCAAUGUUUAGGUAUUAUUACAUAAUUACGUAUUUGAAUUUUGUAUAAAUUAUCUGUGGUUAUUUUCUUUGAGCAUAUACAUAAUAAAUUAUUUUUUCAGUGAGAUAUACUUUACAUACUUAUUAAUUUCAAAGUUAAAAGUACUAUCGACAUCAUAAAUACAUGAUCACUUGUAAAUUAUUAAAAUAAAUAUUUAAAUCUCAAUAAAAAAUAAUGUAAGUUACGUAUACGAUUGUAUGAUCAUGUAUUUAUUAUGCGAUAAAAACGAUGGAUUAUGUAUAAAUUAUCAAAAUUUUGUACAAUACAAUAUAAUUAUUAGAAAAUAAAUGUUUAAUACUUGAAUCAAACUGUCAGCACUUAUCAAUAUUUAAAUAGCACACAAUAUUGUCUUCUAAUGUUCCUUCCUUGUCACACAAUAAUCAUGUCUUUGAUUUUGACAGAUAAUUCAUUGCUCUAUUCCUUUGGCUAAUAUAUCUAUGUAACUAUUACAACUAAGCAAUGGAUGCUGUCAAAAUUAAAGACAAACCGUCUUACCACAAAAACUUAAACAUGUGUCAAACACUUGUCUAAAAACAGUGUGGCUGCAAAACAGACCUUCUUUCAACGUCAUAAUUUGUCAUUUUUUUAGACAAGUGUUCAACAGACGUUUACAAGUGUUUGUGGUACGACGAAAUAUGUCUGAGAAAGUCACCGUGUAGAUUUGUUCCAUUAAACAAUUUAUCUAGACUCCAUACUUAGCCAAUACAUAUCUACUACAAACACGUUUAUGUACCUAUUAAUAAUUAAAUAACAAUUAUUUCCUUGUGUAAUAAAGUGCAAUAUUAAUAAUAAUUCGUGUAUAAAAUUUCGAAUUUAAUAAUUAUUAAGGUUUAGUAAAGUACUGUUUUAAGUUCAAAAUGAAUCAUUGCGUAUUUGCGUCUUUAUUGAUGAAAUAAAAAAGUGUUAGAAAUU